UGUAUAAUUUUAAUAAUAGUGUAAUAAUUAUUUAUAAAGAGAAUGAUGAACAAUCAAUGGUAUCCAAAAGGUUAAAGAGAAAGCUCGCAAAUUUACUUGUCCAUCUUUUGAGAAAGAAAAGGAAAAACAAAAAACUUGUUGAUAUCUCACAACCUCAAAGCAAAAGAAAUGCAUGUUUCAUAGCUCUUUUUGUUGCAGAACAUGGAGCUCUACUCCGAAGACAAUCUAUGGCAAUUCGUGGACGAAGAGAGGAAAAACAUAAACCUCCCAAGAAGAUUCUCCUUCGGCGGCAACAACAACACCGAUUUCCCAGAUUCCCACCUCUCCUCCGCCCGAACCUCCUGCGCCUCCGCCGCCUCUCUCCCCCUCUGGAAAAUGAGCCCCGAGACCCCAUGGACUCGCUCCCCGCUGCCGUCGUCGCCCUCACCGCCGCUCCUCUACCACUGCCUCGCCUCCCUCCACCGCAGCGAGGGCGACAUCUUCUCCAUCACCGUCACCAACGACUUCAUCUUCACCGGCUCCGCCAGCUGCCGCAUCCACGCCUGGAAGCAACCCGAUUGCACAGAAACUGUUUGUUUAAAAGCCUCAACGGGCCAAGUCCGCGCCAUCCUCGCCUCCGGCAAGCUCCUCAUCACCACCCACGGCGACUGCCGGAUCCGCCUCUGGGACCUCUCCCUCAUCCAGCACCUCCGCCCUAAAAAAAUCGCCACCAUGCCGGGGAGGCGGUCCCUGUUCUCGUACUACACGAAGCAGAAGAUCCAGCACAAGAACACCAUCUCCUGCUUAGCAUACAACAAUGUGGAGAAGCUCCUCUACACGGGCUCCUACGAUCACACGGUGAAGGUGUGGAAGCUCUCGGAGAGGCGAUGCGUGGACUCCUUCGUGGCCCACGAGGGCCACGUGAACGCAGUCGUCAUCAAUGAAGACGACGGCUGCGUCUUCACGUGCUCCUCCGAUGGGACCGUCAAGAUUUGGAGGAGGGUCUCCAGAGAGACUUCGCAUAUCCUCACAAUGACUCUCAAAUUCCAACCGUCUCCGGUGAAUGCGCUGGCGUUGAGCCGGUGCGCCAACGACUGCUUCCUGUAUUCUGGCUCGUCAGACGGUCUGAUAAACUUCUGGGAGAAGGAGAGGAUCUCGGGGCGGUACAACCACGCCGGAUUCCUGCAGGGCCACCAUUUCUCGGUGCUGUGUUUGGUAACGGUGGAGGAUUUGAUCCUUAGUGGCUCCGAGGAUGCGACGAUAAGGAUAUGGAAGAGGGAGGAGGGGAAUUCUUUUCACUCUUGCGUUGCAGUCAUCGACGGCCAUCAUGGGCCGGUCAAGUGCCUGGCUGCGGCCAUGGAGAGUGACGACAUUGUCAGAGGGCUGCUGGUUUACAGCGCCAGUUUGGAUCAGACCAUGAAGGUUUGGAGAGUGAAGGUUUAUCCCUCCGAGAAAGGGGGUGGCUUCGACAAGGAAGAAGCCGGCGACGCCACCUGCAAGAUGAGCCCCGUUUUGUCGCCUUCGUGGGUGGAGAGGAAGAUUCAAGGGAGUGAUUACUAACAACAUCAACAAGUGUACUGUUUUUGUUUAGGACAGUUAUUGUUAAUAAGUUGGUGAUUUGAUCGACUAGAUCAGAAGCAGGGUUGAUGAACUCCAUUGUAGUAGCUAGGGGAGUCGAUAUAUGUUCCGAUUUUGUGUUUAGAUCCAAGUAGAGAUGAUACAAUUAAUAAAUCAGUUAAGUAUUAUAUUCGGUUAUUUUGACCAAUUUUUGUCUGAAAAUAUGAAUAAAAAUAACCAAAUUUUCAAAA